CUCACUUAGUACAUGCAUCGAUGGUGUAAGAUGAUAGUGAGCCGUUGUUUGUCUGGAGUUCAAGUUGGGAAAGUCUCUUCACAGUAGAAUAAACCAUGCAACGCGUUCAUUUUACAGGGUUGAUUUUCUUCAUCAUUUUUGCUAUGUUUUUCCACUAUGGAUCUCAAACUGCACCGAAGAAGUACCAUAUUCCCAACUUUCGGACAAACUGGCAUAAGGCCAAUGAAUUUUGUAACUCCAUCGGGAUGCGGCUGCUGACGAUUCGAUCUCGCGAGGAGAAUGAUGCUGUAGCACAGUUCGUCCAAAGCACCGACAAGUUCAACGAUGUGCAGUGCUAUUUCUGGAUUGGCGGAUCCGACUUAGGUGAGGAGGGUGUAUUUUCAUGGGUAGCCACAGGAAAGCUGGUGACGUUUACCAACUGGUCUCCGGGGGAGCCUAAUAACAACAACGGGACAGAGGAUUGUAUGCAGAUGGUGUUUAUUCCCCGGUUUGCACAGCGAUGGACCUGGAACGACAAUAAUUGCAAAGGAUCGCAUAUGUACUUUAUUUGUGAAGAUGCUACGGAUUGUGUGAUGGAAUUUUGAAACUUCAGAGCAUGCUAACACGCCAUAAAAUAAUUAUAAUUAUGUUGCCAACAUUUUGAUUCAAAAAUACCAAAAUUUGUUCUUUAAAGAAUCGAAAAUUUUUUCCCAACAAAACGAACAAAAAAUAAAAAGGAAUAGAAUCUAGAUAAAUGGAAUAAUUUUUAUUCCUUG